AUGUCGGAGGGAGGAUUGAAGUUCGCCUGGGGCAAGAAGGCCGCGGUGGCGGCGGUCCCGAAGCCCACCAGGCCCGGGAGCUCGGGGAUGUCCAUCGCCCAGGAGGCGGCCGUGAACCAAGGAGAUCUCAAGCUGACCACGCCUGAAGAGGAGGAGAAGCGCCGGAAGCGCCUCGAGGCCUGGAAGAAGCUUCAGGCCGAGAACCCGGAGGCCGCUGAGCCGGCGGACGACCAAGACCAGAAGAUGGCUCAGGUCAGGGCGGCGCUGAAGGAGGUAAACAAGAGGAACCGGGACCUCGGCGUGCGCAAGAGCAAGAAGAAGAGGAAGCGAUCCUCCAGCUCCGACGACGUGAUGAUCACCUCCACUGACAAUGCCGACGUCAUCAUCACCCAGGCCGACGCGAAGGCGCGCGGGGGCCGUGGUCAAGGCCCAGGAGCCCCUGCGGCUGGGGGUCUAAUUGACCUGGACGAUGAAGGGCCAGUCGACUCCGAGGCAGAGAGGGAGAGAGAGAGGGAACAACAACAGAAGCUAGGUCACUGCAAAGCUGUUCAGAACUCCCAGGACAGGGCCGACGAACGAGUUUCAUUUCGAGACGAGCAGGGAGAUGGAGAUGGGUCGGGCUUUCUCCGGACCCCCAGCAACCCGAUGUUUCUGGAGUCGCGAGGAUACCUCCCACAAGAGCGGCGCAGCCACGCAGCGCACUACGAUGGCCACGCCUUCGCCACCGCCGUGCUGGGCCUCUCCGAUCCUUCCGGGUAUGAAGGAGGUCUCUACCUGCAGCCCGGACCCCAGAUCUCCAGUCGCAGGACGGUGCGCCUCGAGCCCGGGGACCUCCUGGUUCACUCCUUCGACCUGCAGCAUGGCGUGGAGGUGACACAAGGCAGUCGUUACAGUCUCAUCUUCUGGCUCAAGGACUCGCCCGAGGCGGUGGCGACGGGCACCACUCCGUGGUACGAGGAAGCGGCAGCCGCGGGGGAGCCCGAUGCACUCUACAACCUGGGCAUACAGCACGAGCUAGGCCUUCAUGGGCAGGAGAUCAACGUGCAGAAAGCCAAGGAGGCUUACCUGAGAAGCGCCGAACUGGGCCACCACUUCUCACAGAACAACCUGGCACUCCUUUAUCAAGAGCACCCGGAGCUGGACGUUGAUAGAUGUGGAUCCCUUCACUGGAUGCGCCUUGCAGCGGCAUCGGGGUUCGCCGUUGCGCAAAAGAACUUGGGUACGAUGCUCAUGGAGGAGGGGAAUUCCGAGCUUGCCGCCGAGUCGCGACAGUGGCUGCGGCGCGCCGCCGAGCAGAGAGAGCCCGAGGCAGCCUUUUUCUUGGGGGAAAUCUACCGCGAGGGGCUAGGCGUUGCCCCGGACUUGAGCGAAGCGCAGCGCUGGUAUCGGGAAAGUACCGCUUUGGGCUUCUUCCCUGCCGCGACGGAGCUGGGCUUGUUGGCUUACGAAGCUGGAUCCUUCGCGGAAGCAGAGCAGCAUUUGGAAGCCGCUGUCCAGGGCGAUGCUGAGGCAUGGGGAUAUCUGGCGACCGUGCGGAUGUGCCUCGGCAAGGGCAGCAGCGCCGCUGCCAUUUGGCAGCGCCUUGCGGACCGUGGGGAUGCGGAGGCCCAGUUCCACCUCGGAAGCUGCUUCUUGCGCGGCAGCGGAGUCGGAGCGGAUGAGGAGCGUGCGUUGCAGCUGCUGCAAGCGUCGUGCGAUGCAGGGAACGAGAGGGCAGCGGCGUUGCUACAGGAACUGAACAAU